AUGAUAUCUGAUACUGAAUUGAACUCCAUCGUUAUUUGCUCCGGUUUAAUCAUGAUGACUUUAAUUGUUGCUUAUAGUACUAUUAGUGCUACUUUUGAAAAGAAACAUAAAUAA